ACUUCCAAGUUCCAAGUUGCAUGUAUUUUGUAAAUUGUAAAACAAAAAAGUGAAUAGGAUUUUAGAAAGAACAAUCUAAAUAGUUUAAAGUUCAAUGUAUUAACUUGUUUAAAAAUAAUAUAUUUAAUUGAACAGGUUACGGCGUUCUUGUUAAACAUCGCUAACAAUAUUGAUCUAUGAGUAAAUCAAAAGUUUCGGCAGAAUGGAAGAAAAGAGUCAAAUCAGAGUAUAUGCGCCUCCGACAAGUAAAGCGUUUCAAACGCGCCGACGAGGUAAAAGUCGCUUGGGCGCGAAAUUUAAGGAUUAUGUCUGAGGCGGUUGAGAAUCGGGAAAAUGAAACUUCGGAACGCGGUAGACGGCCCUAUUGGCCAGCACCUGGGCCAAGCUCAAGCCACGAAAGUCUUAUGAAAAGAGCAGAAGUUACUUCCACUGAUUCUUCAGGAGUGGUUACAAUGCAGCAAGUACCGAUCCGCAUCAUCAACUCAGUGAACCCAAUCCCCACUAUGUACACCUGGGCGCCAACACAGAAGAACUUCAUGGUGGAAGACGAGACUGUUCUACACAAUAUACCGUACAUGGGCGAUGAGGUGCUCGACCAGGACGGCACGUUUAUUGAAGAGCUGAUUAAGAACUAUGAUGGGAAGGUGCAUGGUGACAAAGAAGGUGGUUUCAUAGAUGACCAGCUGUUUGUCGACUUGGUUCAUGCGCUGAUGAGCUUCCAGACCAAGGAUGAAGUUGCUGAGGAAAGACUGAGACGGGAAUCUCGCAACUCAAAGGAAGAUAAGGACAAAGAUAAGGAUAAAGAUUCUGCAAAGGAAACAAAAGAUAAGGAUAAAGAGGAGAAUAAGGAUGCAGAGAAAAAGAUAAUAAAUGAGAAACAGUUUCCUAUCUUUACAAUCUUUCAAGCUAUAAGCUCACAGUUUCCGGACAAAGGCACUGCGCAGGAACUGAGGGAGAAGUACAUAGAGCUGACAUCUCGAAGCGACCCCAACGCCUUACCGCCCGAGUGCACGCCCAACAUCGACGGACCACUCGCUGAGUCUGUCUCCCGCGACCAGACCAUGCAUUCCUUCCACACACUGUUCUGCCGUCGCUGCUUCAAGUACGACUGCUUCCUGCACCGUCUGCAAGCUUGCCACCCUCGUCCGAAUUUGUCGAAACGAAGGGGACCGGACUUGAAACCUUUCUCGGAGCCAUGUGGACCUAACUGUUAUAUGUUGUUGGAUGGUAUGCGCGAAAAGCUAGCUCGCGAGAAAGCUCUAGGAGAAGCGGGGGAUGCAGAAGCUGAUAAAUCAAAAGCAUUAGACUCUCCGAACGACGCGUCUUCUGAAGAUAGCAAUGAUUCUAAUCGAUUCCAAAAAGGUGGUAACAGCAACUCGAGCAACAGUAACAGCACGUGGGCAAACAAACUAAAUGGCGACCAAGCCACAGAGCCCCCUUACAAUGCUCUUGGUCUUACACUAGAUACAGACGCAGAAUGGACGGGCUCAGACCAAUCCUUGUUUCGAGCUCUACACAAAGUUUUCGCUAACAACUACUGUGCGAUUGCGCAACUAAUGCUAUCCAAGACUUGUCAGCAGGUGUACCGUCACCUGCUGGUGUCGGGGGGCGAAGCGCGCGGGGCGGAGGCCGAGCGCACGCCCCCACGCAAGAAGAAGAAGAAGCACCGCCUGUGGUCCGUGCACUGCCGCAAGGUGCAGCUCAAGAAGGACUCCGCUUCGCACCACGUGUACAACUACACUCCGUGCGAGCACCCGAACCAGCCGUGCGACAACCUGUGCCCGUGCGUGCAGUCGCAGAACUUCUGCGAGAAGUUCUGUCAGUGUAGCAGCGAUUGCCAGAACCGUUUCCCGGGGUGCCGCUGCAAGGCGCAGUGCAACACGAAGCAGUGCCCGUGCUACCUGGGCGUGCGCGAGUGCGACCCCGACCUGUGCGGUGCGUGCGGGGCCGACGCGCCGCCCGCGCCGCACCCCGUCUGCUGCCGCAACGUGUCCGUGCAGAGGGGUCUCCACAAGCACCUAUUACUGGCGCCGAGCGACGUUGCCGGUUGGGGCAUCUUCCUCAAAGAAGCUGCGCAUAAGAACGAGUUCAUCUCGGAGUACUGCGGGGAGAUCAUAUCGCAAGAUGAAGCGGAUAGACGCGGGAAGGUGUACGACAAGUAUAUGUGCUCGUUCCUGUUCAAUCUUAACAAUGAUUUCGUGGUAGACGCGACUCGCAAAGGCAACAAGAUCCGCUUCGCGAACCACUCCAUCAACCCGAACUGCUACGCGAAGGUCAUGAUGGUGAACGGAGACCAUCGCAUUGGGAUCUUCGCGAAACGAGCCAUACAGCCUGGGGAGGAGCUGUUCUUUGAUUACAGAUAUGGACCAACAGAGCAACUCAAGUUCGUCGGUAUCGAAAGAGAAAUGGAGUUCUUAUGAUUUGCUUCAAAUAAUUAAGUUUUACAGUUUUUACAAGUUACUUUUAAGUUUUAAUGUUUAACAUUAUUCAUUGAAUGUUAUUUUUUACAAUAUUAUUAAUCAAGUAUAAUCAUUCAUAACAAUACGACAUGGUCAACUAGUUGAUACUUUAUUUGUGAAUAAAGUUUUGACACG